AUGCGCGCUGAUGAAGGGCCUGUGCGUCAAUCCUACGAGACCACUCGCCAACUCAGUAGUGAAACUGCUUCCUUCAUUGCGUACCAUUUCCACUAUGCGUGUACCCCGCCCGUUUCAUGCUUUGUUCACGGUAAGGGUGGUUGGUUGUUGGAGCGUUAUCAAAAUAAACAGCAACAUCGGGAUGACGAAGAAGAAGAGGAAGAUGAAAAUGAGAAGGGAAAGGAAGAGGAGGAUGAGCAGACAAGCGGUAAUGAGGACAAUUAUGUUACUUUCAGGACUGAAAAGUCGAAGACAGAUAUGCAACUGGUAAUAUCGUUGAUGAAGGGGGGACGAGGAGAUGGCGCUGAUCAUAACGAUGCCGGAGAUGAAGAUGAGGCGGAGGGUAAUGAAGAGGAAGAUGACGAUGAUGACGACGACGGUGAUGUCGGUGACAGUGAUAUUGUUGGGUAUGACAGUGAUGAAAGCGAUAAGGAGAUGACUAUUCUUAUCAACCUGGAAAGAUAUAAUGAAGAAGCAUAUGAAUGUGGCGAGGAAGUUGAGGACGAGGAGGACGAUGAAGAUGGUGAUGACGACCGCAUUGACGAGGAUAAGGAUGAGGACAAUAAUAAGGAUAUGAUGGUGGGUACCAAUACGACGAUUCAGGGGAAGCGUACUCGUAUGUCGAAGUGUAUCAGACGUAUACCUUACAUACUAGCAUGGUCAUUCGAACUUCUUUCGGGGAUAGCCUAUGGUAUCCAGGUCCGAUAGAGUCGAGUAUACCUGCAAGUUUCUUAGCU